AUGUUUUCGAAAUUUUCAUGGUCAAUUCAAGAUGGAGAACAAGAUUCUAGAUCAUCAUUGUCCUCAGAUUGUUGGGCAAUUUUAGGUGGAAAUUCUUCAGGACGUGAGGAUCUUUUAAAGGUUCUUUUGGGUGAAUGUAGAUGUGAUCCAAUCAAUUCAAUUCGGUAUCCAAUAAUCGAACAUUUGAAUAAGACCUCAAAUAAACAAGCAAAUGCUAUUACACCAAAAUCGUUUUUCAAACUAGUUCAAUUCAAAUCUCGACUUGAGAAUCAAACAUCGAAUCAAUCUUUUAAAGAUUAUACAGCAAGAUAUUAUGGUUUACGUCCUGAGAAUCAAAUCACAUUAAGAGAAUUCCUUAAAUCUGAUUUAGAUCAACUUUUGAGUGAUGAUCGAAUUUCUGAAGUUUGUUAUCAAUUAAAACUUCACCAAUUUAUCGAUUUACCUUUAAUCACCUUGAGUAAUGGACAAAGUCGAAGAGCUAGUAUUGCGCAUGCAUUACUUGCUGGUAAUAAUGGUCAUAAUCCUCAUGCUUUGAUUCUUGAAGAACCUUGUACUGGCUUGGAUGAAAAUUCUAGGAAGGAAAUCAACAACCUCUUGAAAGAGUUACAUGAAGUUAGAUCCCCAAGAAUUAUACUUUGUCUAAGACCACAAGAUCCAAUACCAAAUUACGUAACACAUAUAUUAGCUCUUUCUGAUCAUUCAUCAUCAUCAAAUCGAAUCCUAGUACAAGGAAAGGUUUCUGAAGUUUCUGCAUCUUUACCCAAACUUAUUCCGAAUCCAACAAAACCCACCUUACCUGUCAAGAAAAGUAUUUCAGUUGGUUCCGGAAAAGAAUUGGUUAAGAUGAAGAAUGUUCAUAUCCAGUAUGGGGACCGAUCAGUUCUUCGUAACAUCAAUUGGACAAUCAGAGCAGGUGAGCGGUGGGCUUUGAGUGGUUCAAAUGGUUCUGGAAAAUCUACCCUUCUCUCUCUCAUUUUAGGUGAUCAUCCUCGUUCAUUUACAGAGGAUCUACACCUAUUUGGUCGACCACGCGCAGGUCAAGCUACAUCUCAAAUACAAUCCAAUAUAGGACAUGUUUCACCUGAAAUAUUUCAUGCUUUUCCAAGGCAAACAGGACCCAGCAGUUUAACAGCUUUAGAUUGUAUCAUCACAGGAUUUGAGUCAGUUUUCAGUUAUAGAUCAAUUGACUCAACUCAAUCCACACGUUUAUAUGAAUUAUUAAAAGAAUUUGAUUACCCAGAGUUAUUAAAUCCAUCAUUUUUGAAUAAACCGUUUAAUGAACUUUCAAAUGGAGAACAAUCAUUAAUACUUUUAUUAAGAUCAUUAAUCAAUGAACCUUCCUUAUUGAUUUUAGAUGAACCUUUUGCAGGUAUGGAUGAUGAAAGUUUACAGAAAUCUAAAGAUUAUUUAAAUUUCAAGUUAAAGGAUUGGCAAAGUUUGAUUUUUGUUUCACAUCAAUUUGGAGUUGAAUUACCUGAAUGCAUUGAUCAAUUUGUUACUUUAGAAGAUGGUGAAAUGAAAUUUAUGUAA